AUGGCAUCAAAUGAUAUUGGAUGGUACGAAGAUGCGCAUAAUGGGAAGGCUGUCCAGGUUUCAGUGGAGCAGGGCAUCAUACAAGGCGAGCAACUUAUGACAGUUACCAGAGAUACUUUGUACAGCAGCUUUAAAGGAAUACCGUAUGCUGCACCUCCUGUGGGAGACCUGAGGUUUCAGCCACCUAAACCUCCAGCAUGCUGGGAAGGCGUAAGAAAUGCGAAGCAGCAUGGAAACAUAUGCACGCAAAUAGAGUUCUCAACCCAAGCGUAUUUACCUUCGAGCGAAGACUGUCUUUAUUUGAAUGUCUACACUCCAAACGUGAAACCAUCUUCCCCAAUGGCUGUAAUGGUCUUUAUUCAUGGUGGAGGCUACCAAAGCGGUUCAGGCAACGAUGACAAUUUCGGACCAGACUUUUUUAUGAGUCAAAACGUUGUUCUUGUAACAAUAAACUAUCGUUUGGAUGCUAUAGGAUAUUUGUGCUUGGGGUCCAAAGAAAUACCAGGAAAUGCAGGAAUGAAAGAUCAAGUAGCCGCUUUGAAAUGGGUGCAGCGAAACAUUGCUCAAUUUGGUGGUAAUCCCAAAAAGAUUACAAUAUUUGGUACCACAACAGGCGGUAUUAGCUGUCUUCUACACGCCAUAUCGCCGAUGUCUAAGGGUCUGUUCAGUAGAGUGAUAGCAAUGACUGGAGUACCUCUUUUGGAUAUUAGCGAAGAGUUCGAAUCGGUAAGAAGAGGCUUCACGCUCGGAAAAAUGGGAUACGAAACUGAGAACACAAGCGCGCUGUUUGAAUUCUUUCAAAACCAACCAUCCUAUAAACUUGUGAAUGCCAAACCAGAUGUUAUAAUCGCGGAACGAUAUAUACGUAAUCUUGGAAAAAUGUUUCAAUUUGGUCCAGUUCCAGAAAAGGACUUCGGACAGGAGAGAUUUUUAAAAUACUCUCCGCUCACCUCGCUCAAGGAAAGAAACGUUAACGAUGUAGAUAUAAUGAUUGGAUAUUCUAAUAAUGAAGCCAUCGCCAGAAUCUCCUUUUUCGAAGAAUUUUUAGUCGGUGCAUACAACAGGUAUCCCGAGUUACUGAAUCCUAGAAAAUUCCUUUACGAUCUCAGUCCUGUGGAAUAUAUGCCGUUGGCUGACUUUAUUGAGGAUCAUUACUUCAGAGGAAAAGCCAUAAGCUUGGAAACGAUGUCUGAAUUUGUUACGCAUCAGAGUGAUAGAUUUAAAUUUCAAGUAUUGAGGUACAUGAGGGACGUGUAUUUUUCGUAUGAAAAAAACAAAUAUUUGUACCGAUUUUCCGGCGUAUCAGAAAGGAAUGUCUACAGCAGAUUGGGUGCAAAUUAUGGAUUAACUGGAACAGGGCAGAGGGAUAUAGAAAUGUACUUAUUUCACGCAAACCGGCUUAACCUGACAAUUGACACCAGCAGCGAUUCCUACCGAAUAAUUAAACAGAUAACAACUUUAUUUGCCAACUACGCUAAAUACGGUAACCCAACACCGGAGCCUGUAUCGGGCGUGAGAUGGGAUCAGUACAACGCCGCGACACAGAGCUUCCUGGACAUCGGGCUACGUUUAACAAGAGGAGUUGGGCCGGAACCGAAAGUUAUUAAAUUUUGGAAGAAAAUUUACAAACUAGCUGGCGUCCCCUUUUAUAAUCUUGAAGAUGAAGAAGAAUAA